AUGGACGUCUUCAAGUUUCCCUUUGACAUCCAGAGAUGCCCUCUGUCCUUUACCUCAGCCAUGCACUCAGAUAAGGAGCUGCUCCUUUUCCCCCUCUCCAACUCGUCCAGUGCGACGCUUAACUCCUUGGAGGUGAUGGAGGGGGAGGUGAGCGAGUGGGAAUUCCUCAAUGUCAGCGUGCAGCGUCUCAAGUAUCACUUCCAUGAGGAAGUCUGGGACAAGGUCAUCUUCACGAUUAGUAUCCGCAGGGUGCCCCUGCUGCAUGUGUUGACCUUCAUCAUGCCCAUCCUCUUUCUCCUGCUACUGGAUGUGGCAUCCUUCUUCAUGCCGGACACGCGCGGCGACAAAAUCAACUUCAAGGUUACAGUGCUGCUAACGAUGUCAGUGAUGUUGCUCAUCCUUAAUGACACGCUACCCAGCAAACCCAGGAGGACACCCCUCAUAGCUGUGUAUGUAAUGGUGACGUUUGGCUUCAUGUUGCUGAGCCUGAUGGAGAGCAUCCUGGUGGGAUACCUGCUGGAGAGGACUGAUACCCAGCACAGCCAGGCAGAAGGAAACAGGAAAUCUGUAUCAAAAGGGAUCAUCUGUGUGCCCAUUGGAGAAUGUCAGCAUGAGGGGCGCCCCGACCCGUUCAAGAGGGGUGAGGGAGGGCUCUCUGUACCCCUCGAGGGGGGCGAGGACCCUGUACCCCUCCUCCUACGCCUCAUCCUCCAGGAGCUGCAGAGAGGGAUGCAGCAGAACCAACACCCCCCUCAGAUCCAGAACCAGAACUCUCUGGCCCGCUACAUCAACACUUCCUUCUUCAUCUUCUAUGUGCUCGCCAUCUCCAUCUUCCUCCCAACCCUCUUCUUCAUCUGGGUCUAUUAA